AUGACUGCUUUCGGGCCAACAACCUCAAGGCGUGAUUUGCCCCAGGUCGGUGGGGGUAUUCUUGGUCCGAGGAACGCAUUGGAGACGCCUGCUCACAACAAGAACCCGAGAUUCCUGAGGGUUCCUCAUGCGUUGGAACACGACCCUCAGCACUCCCUCACCGCACUAAUGAAGUAUAGGAUGAAGAACGCGUCUCCUCAACGGCAGGAGCAAGCACGUCUUGAGGUUGAGAAUGCGGAGGACGACCUCGUCCAGCAAACCGAGGUCGCCAUCACGCUUAGGAAGACACUCUUGGAUAACCCUGAGCCACUCAAGAAUCUCAACGAGCUCGUCAAGGCCCAGCUUGUCUUCCACAGCACCGCAGCCGAAGCACUCCAAGGCAUCCAAGGCGACAUCGAAGAGCUGACCGUUGCCGCAGAAGGCAAAUACCGGAAGUCGCGCGACCACUAA